AUGAAGAAAACAAUUUACAAAGUCCUCGUAAGUUUUUAUCAAUAUGUCGGUUUAGGUAAAAAGUUCCAUCCUAGCCACGAUACAGUAUUAAUUAUUGGCGGUUCUUCAAAUGAGUUAGGCAUCGAGCUCUGCGAGACAUUUAUAGAAGAUUAUCAUACAAAGGUUAUAAAUAUUGACACUAUAGACAGUAUUAAUGGAAAAAACGCAAGGAGAAGUGAAAAACUGUAUACUUUUAUUUCUUGCAAAGAUUUCAGUGACAUAAAAUGUCUUGAGGAAUCCAUGCUUUACCUUCAAAAUUUAGAAAUAAUUCCUACAGUGCUCAUUAACAACAUGCAGGAGGGAAUCGAAUCGACUCUUCUCAAAGAAGACAAAUUUUUGAGACUUGAUGAAGAGUCUUUAAAUGAAUUCGAGAAAAUCGUGAGGUAUAAUUUACAAAGUGUAAUAUUGAUAACUAAGUUCUGCUUGAGUAACAUUUUUCCAAAGGUUCAAGCUGAAGCUCAAGAAAAAGCAAAGGGGUUCUAUAUUGUCAACAUAUCAUCGGUAUUGACGUUAAAACCGUGCAAAUCAGGAACACAUUUUAUUACAUCGAAAUGUGGUAUAAACUCUUUCCACGAUGGAAUAACCUCAGAGCUUAAAUUGAAAGAUAGUAAUUUGAAUGUAAAAACGCUGAUUGCAUAUUUACCCAGUUUUGAAAGUGAAGCACAUUGGAAGAGACUUUCCCCGAGUAUCUCGAAACAUCUCGUCCACUGUCUACUUGAGGGAAGAUAUGGUGAUACAAUUCUCGAAAGCAAAAGAUCAAUUGGUGAUAUUCUUUUGAUAACUGGUUUCAAAAGCUCUUUUACUUAA